AUGAACACAAACUUACUCUAUGGAUCCAUACCACUGAAUCUUGGCAGCUUAAAGUACCUCAAAAUCAUUAGUGUGGCAGAAAACCAGUUAACAGGAGAACCUGGAGUUCCUCAACUAAGAUUCCUUUCUUCUUUAUUUAAUUGCAGUUCCUUGGAAAGUUUAGUUGUGACUUAUAAUCCUCUAAAUGGAAUUAUGCCCGAUUCCUUUGGAAAUAUUUCGUAUUCGUCCCUCCGUGAUUUUUAUGCACAAGGCUGCCAAAUCAAAGGUCCAAUGCCCACCACACUUGAUUCCUUGACAACUUUAACCCUCCUUUCAUUGGAUCACAACAACAUAAGUGGAAAUUUGCCGCCAUCAUUGGGAGGAAUGAGGAGCUUGCAGAGAUUGGUUCUCCACAACAACAGCAUUGAAGGACAUAUUCCCCAUGAGCUUUGUCAUACGAGAAAUCUGGGAGAACUAUCACUAGGAAAUAACAAAAUAUCCGGAUUGAUCCCGGAUUGCAUAGGAAACCUCAACCACCUGCAGAUACUUCUCCUCAAUUCCAACAACUUGACAUCAUCAAUACCAGUGAAUUUAUGGAACCUUGAAAGUCUCUUAUUCUUAGAUUUGUCAUUCAAUUCCUUCAGUGGAGAAUUACCUGCAAGAAUGAGAAACUUGAUUUCUCUUCAAGGGAUAGAUUUAUCUUGGAACCAAAUCAGUGGGAACAUUCCAAGCAACAUUGGAGCUUUUCAAAGCCUAAACUAUUUUAACAUGUCAAACAACAUGUUUAUGGGACCUAUUCCACAAACUUUUGGUGACCUAAAAGGCAACUUGCUUGGAGCAGGAAGUUUUGGCUCUGUGUAUAAAGGGAUUCUAUCUGAUGGGACAAUUGUCGCGGUCAAAGUUUUAAAUAUGCAAAUGGAACGUGCUUCGAAAAGUUUCAAUGCAGAAUGCAAUGUGUGGCGAGCAAUCCGGCAUAGAAAUCUUGUCAAGGUGAUAACUUCUUGCUCGAGCCCUGAGGUAAGAGCUCUGGUGUUGCAGUACAUGUCUAAUGGUAGCCUUGAGAAGUGGUUGUACUCUCACAAUUAUUGUCUAAAUCUUUUGCAAAGAGUUAGCGUGUUGGUUGAUGUUGCAUUAGCUUUGGAAUAUCUCCAUCAUGGUCAGUCAGAACUUGUGGUGCAUUGUGAUUUGAAGCCUAGCAAUAUCCUUCUGGAUGAUGAGAUGGUUGCACAUGUGGGAGACUUCGGCCUUGCUAAAAUUUUAGCAAAUAUUAAGGAUGCAACACAAACCAGAACUCUUGGUACGCUUGGUUAUAUUUCACCAGAGUAUGGUUAUGCAGGAAUAGUGUCAACAAGAGGUGAUGUAUAUAGCUUUGGGAUUAUGUUGUUGGAACUAAUUGUGAGAAAGAAGCCUACAGAUGAAAUGUUUGCUGAAGAAUUGAGUUUGCGGCAGUGGAUAAACGCGUCGCUCACUGAUAGGGUUCUGGAAGUGGUAGAUAUAGGUUUAUUGAACACAGAAGAGGGAAGAGACAUGAAUGCCACAGAAGACAUCAUUUUUUCAAUCAUGGAAAUAGGACUGAGGUGUUCUGAAGAUGUGCCAGAGAAAAGAAUGGACAUCAAGGAUGUGGUGCCCCAGCUCAUGAAAAUAAAAUUGGGACUUGAAAGUAGUAGAAAUUAA